AUGGUAUCCAAAGCAGAAAGAGAAAAGGCCAUUUAUGCAUAUAAAGUGGAUUUCGCAAAGUUGAAAUCAGAAAUACAAUUGAUUGAACGUAACGAUUUUACAAUGAUGAAGACCGAGAACGAUCGCCUAGAGGGAGAGCUGGAAAAGCUGAAACAAAGACUAAGAGAAGAAGUAACAAGAACACAAGCUAACGUUCGACUUGACCUGAAUUUGGAAAAGGGACGAGUUCGAGAUGAGGCCAGUGCACAAGAAAUCAAGAUAAAAGAAACAGAUACAAGAAUUGAAAGCGAAAUAUCAGGACUAAGAACUCAAAUGGAAGCUAUAAAAUUCCAAAUUAUGCAAUACAUGAUUGGUACGAUGACUGGUGCUGGUGCAUUGUUCUUAGCGUAUUUACGUAUGUUUAAAUAA